AUGGCAACGCAACAUUCGCAAAUUGGAAGCCCUCAUACUCCUAGCACUUCAUUUCAGAUGUCAAAUCUAAGCACAAGUCAGUCAAACGCGACGGCUACUGCUCCUUCAGUAGCCAGUUCUGCUCCAGGAGGCAGGUCGUCAACAGCAGGCACCUCCCCUCCAGUGAGCAGUCUCUCUUCAGCGGGCAGUUCUUCCGCAAUCCAACAACAGCCGCAGCUACCAAGUGGCACACUACCACGCACCAAUGCUGCCACACCCCAGACUACCGCCAACCCCCCUCAGACAUCGCCUCCAAGUCAACCAGGCUCUUCCACAAGCGCAACCAUGGUCCCUCCCGCCAACGGUUCGAUACCUCCACGAAAUCCCGCACAGCCCAGCAGAUCAAGGUUGCGCUUCUCGCUCCCCAGGUCCCUCACUUUGCUAUCUAGGAGAAGCACUUUCACAGGAGCCCCUAAGGAAUGGAAGUCAACUUGGCUGCAGUUGUGGGCUUUGAUAAUCUUACUGCUGGUAACACUUGGCUUCGCUGGGACCAUUCUCGGGCUCGCACAACGGUCCAACAACAAAAGCGGCAUUGUCAAAAUCCGCAAUUCCUCGCCUGGUCGCACAGUAGCAGGCGUUACCAUCGGAUUAAGUCUCACCUGGAAGCAGAUACCGGUGUUCAUAUUUCAGUCUUACAGUCUCUGCGUCGCUGCAACUGUUGAGGCUUACGCCGAUAGACAGCCCUUUGUAGAGCUGUGGAAUGCUCAGGGUGCUCCAGCUAAGCUCACCGUGUUGCUGAACUACGCGGCAGUCUUAGGUCCUGUCAAACCAUGGAGAGCAUUUCGAAACAAGCAUGUUCUUGUUGGUUUCUUAUUCAUCAUGAACUUCAUCUUGAGCUUCCUGGUGACACCGUUCGCUGCCAGUUUGCUCUACAUUGACAAUGACCAGACCUUCCCGACGGCGACCAACGUAAAUCGGACAACGUUUUUCAACGAAGGAGCCCUUAAAGCAAGCACCCAGUUGUACCAAAUGCUCAGUUACGUGGAUGGAAUUCAGCUAUACGACACGCCUUUGCCUGCUUGGACCGCUAGCACCAACCACUCCUACAGCUUCGCCCCUUUUGAGCUACCACCCGCUCUGGCUGGGGGUACCAAUAAUCUCACCGUUGUGCAAAAUGCCACGUUCCUCAGCCUGGAAUGUAGGGAGCUCACACGAGGCUCUGACUACGAGGUGACAGAUGCACCUGGACCGAAGCAAUGGACCGUCAGUGGGAGCGACCGCGGUUGCGAUUUCAAUUCGCUAUACUCUCAUGUUGGCUCUUUCCAGAACUAUGCUCAAACAUUUGGCGCGGAUUACUGCCCUUCGAAUUUUCCUUCCAGUGAAGGGCGCAUCUUUCUUUUCGCAGCUCGCGCACCAGACGGGGAUGGCUCUGCAGUCCGCGAUUUCCACCUAAUAUCGUGCACAAGCACAUAUUAUAACCACAGCGGACAGCUCGAGGUAGCGCUCGACCCCUCGAGCUCCAGACCAGUAGUUCGAAGUUUCACGCCUACAGGCUCUCCGUCGGCCAUGGAACCAAGGCCAGAAUUCUGGAAACUCUUUGAGAAGACUACCAAUGAACUCAGGGCAGAGGAUCCGACGGCGACGUGGGCAGCUACCAUACUCGGCCGCUGCGUGGUCGAGAAUGCAGCGCAGAAUGCGACAAUCUCAGAGGCCUUUCAAGCAUCGCGACUGAUUCCUUCUCUGGAAUCUACCAUGAGCCUAGUCUACGCCGUCACUGCCGCCACCUACCUUCGCUCUCCUUUGAGUACACAGACAGCGGCCCCCACAAUGACCGGCACCCUCUACCCCCAAACCAAUAUUCUGCGCAUGGUCCCGGCUAUUGCUUACUCCUUCUUCGGCAUUCUCAUUCUGAAUGCUGUGCUUGUUUCUGUCGUCGUUCUCUCCAUGCUGAGGACUCGAAGCAUUCUCUACGAGGAGCCGGCCGGCAUCCUGUCCUAUGCAGUCCUUGCCGCCCACAGCGCAGACUUUACGGCAACAGCCGAAGCCCUGAGAGGCACAGUUGCCGACGGAAGAUGCACGGAGGCAUAUCAGAAAGGCGCAGCCUUGCCUGGAGAUUAUCGGGAUUCCAAGUGGACUGUGAAGUAUACGCCCAGUGUGCCUUUGGGGAGAAUCGAAAAGGUAUUGACGGUGCCAGCCCCGACACCUUAG